AUGGCUGCUGCCUCUAGAGCACUUACUCCUACGCAAACAGGACCACUUUCGUCCACCACUGUCGCUCCCGAUACUCCCAUCUCCAUCUCACCAAACGAACCCACGAAACAGCCAACUUGGCACCCCCCAUUGUCCCCUUCCGGCAUCGCUGGUCUGAAAGCUUCACUCUCGCCAAAGUCCCCGAGGAUCGGACUGACGAGACUGUCUCCUCAGCCCCUCACGGGAGCUGCUGCUCUUGCAGACGAGCGUCGGCUAAGGGAAGAGCAACUACGAGGGCAAGCUCGUCAGCUUAGUCCGAACCCGGGGUUCAACGCGGUUAAAGCCUUGCUGGGCGCCGCAAACCCAGGCAUGAGUAAAGCGAGAGAUGCGCCUUCGGCCUCAACAAUGAGCGAACCACUUGCGAGGGUGGCGAAGUCGAUCACGAUACCCGAAAAUGGAUCGGUAGAUAGCAGCAACAUGCAGACGAGUCCAGUGAGCUUGGCGAGCUUCGGUUCACUGGAAGGCGCAACUGCGCCAACCGCUACUGCCACCGCCAUUGAAGCUCCGGCACUUGGAUCCCUAUCCGGCACUCAAGCGCCUAUGGUACGGACCCCAGAGCAGCAGAACAUGUCUGGUGGCAUCUUGUCUUCUGCUGGCGAAGAUAUCGCAUCCUCCAACCGAGCAUUUACACUUCCAGCCCCGGCGCCGCAUGAUCCGAGCAUGCGCCCCCCUACGAGGAACAUGAGUCUUCCCAUGCCCGGGUUCGGGCAAAAUAGUCCCAAGUCUCCGUCCACGAAGAGACACAAGUGUCCAUACUGCUCGACGGAUUUCACACGGCACCACAACCUGAAAAGCCAUCUUCUUACACAUAGCCAAGAAAAGCCCUACGAGUGUACAACAUGUCAGGCUAGAUUCCGCAGGUUGCACGACCUGAAGCGUCACACAAAACUACAUACUGGCGAGAGGCCGCAUACAUGCUCAAAAUGCGGGCGUCGCUUUGCGCGCGGCGACGCGCUUGCGAGACAUACCAAAGGUCAAGGUGGCUGCGCAGGCCGAAGGUCGAGUUUUGAAGAACUGGCAGACGGUAAAGGGGGUGAAGCGAUGGAGGGACUUGAGUAUGAGGGCGAUGACGACGAAAGAAUGGAUGACGAGGAGCCCGAAAACGGAAGGAACGGCGGCCGGCGCGAAAGUGAGUCUUCACAUGCACACAACACGCGUCAAGCUUCGACGUCAGCACCGUAUCAAAAUCGGAUGCCGAGUACCUAUCCUCCAUUAGCUGGCCAUCUCGGGAGCAGUGGUUCCAAGUUGCUAUAUCCGCCAGGGUCGUCAUCGUCACGUGAUCCGUCCACACUCAGCUCAAGGACUACCGGCUCGACUUACUCAUCAUCAAUCCACUUUCCAGGACAGGCGGCAUCAGUUUUCGCUCAAGGUGGAAUGACCGAAAGUCCGAAGCCUCUUUCUCCUGGCCAACCCGACCCACAUCAGCAACGUCCUGGCAUUUCGGAAACGGCGAAUCACGCCGGUGGUCGCUCACCGGCUGAGCAGUUUCAGCAGCAGCAGCAAUUCGGUCGCGGAAUAAGCAGGCACAACUCGUCGUCCCUAAGCCAUCCGCCUCAUCUCCCUUCACUACCGGGACUUGGUGCACCAGAAAGGCGGAUGACUGGACCACCACAGCAGAUGUCAGGCGGCGCACAACCUGCUCCAAACAUGCUGCAUCAACCCAUACCGCCUCCUCCAGCGAUGGGGUCCAACGCGAGUAGUCUUUCAAGUCAAACGCAUCACACCGGCAGCGGCGCGAGCAUGCCCGGUGGCAGAGAGCAGGACAUGUGGGCCCGCAUUCACGAGCUGGAAGUCAGACUCAUGCAGCAAAGCAACGACUACGACGCUAAGCUCAGCCGGUUGGCAGAGGAAAACAGCAGACUCAGGGAGCGAAUCGGCUCGCUUGAGAACGCGCUGCUACACAGGCCGCAACAUCCAUCGCCACAUCUACAGCAGCAGCAGCAGCAGCAGCAGCAGCAAGGCCGCUAA